UGCUUGUGCGAAUCCGUGAAAAUUGUGCUGUUUGACAUUUUUCUUCUUUUUCAUUGAAAUACAAAUAAAAUAUCCAAUAAUAAUUUAUAAGAAUGGUGAAAUUAACAACUGAAUUGAUCCAAAAUUCUAUGCAAUAUAUGAAUCCAUGCAGAGAUCGUGAAUUGGAUUUGAGAGGUUAUAAAAUACCACAAAUAGAGAACAUGGGCGCUACAUUGGAUCAAUUUGAUACUAUAGAUUUCUCAGAUAACGAUGUGAGAAAACUAGAUGGAUUUCCUCUUCUUAAAAGACUGAAAUGUUUAUUAUUGAAUAAUAACAGAAUUGUGAGAAUUGGAGAAAAUCUAGAACAGUAUUUACCGAAUUUGGAAACAUUGAUAUUAACAAAUAAUAAUAUUACUGAACUUGGUGAUUUAGAUCCAUUGGCUUCUAUUCCUAAAUUAAAAACUUUGUCACUUAUGCAUAAUCCAGUGGCAAAUAAACAACAUUAUAGAGCAUAUGUCGCUUUUAAGUUACCUGAACUCAGAUUACUGGACUUCAGAAAAAUAAAGCAAAAGGAAAGGGAAGAUGCAGAUACAUUUUUCAAAAGUAAAAAAGGAAAAGAAGUCCAUAAAGAGAUUUCAAGGAAAGCUAAAACCUUUGUACCUGGUGGUAACAUGCCUGAUCCUAAAAUUACAAGCCUUACUCCACAAGAGAUCCACAAGAUUCGAGAGGCAAUAAAGAAUGCUUCUUCAUUGCAAGAGGUGGAAAGGUUGACUAGAAUGUUACAGUCGGGCCAAAUUCCUGGACAGAAACCAUUGCAACCACAAACCCAAAGCAACGGUCAACAAGAAGAAGAUGAAGAAAUGGAAACGGACCAAACAAAUGGCCAAUAAAGCAUUUGAGUCUUUCUGUCGGAAUAGAUACUACAUAACAUACUACUUUACGCAUUUUUAAUAGGUUUCAAGCAAGGGCGUCGCCACGUGGUGGCAGAAGGGGCAGCUGUCCCCUAGAGAUUUCCAAGAUGUUGCUUAAUGUUAAGCAUUCAAAGU